AUGAGCCGUAGAAGAAAAGCGAAUCCAACGAAAUUAACUGAAAACGCAAAAAAGUUGGCAAAAGAAGUGGCCGAGAAUAACAGUCAGGAAGAAAACGAGGAGGACACAAUGCUGGCUCAAUCACUCACCCCAACUAUUAUCAUUCCGGAUCAUAUGGACGACACCCCGAACCCAGCUGUUUCACCCCAUGACGACUCGAUCAAGUCUAGCUCCAGUACCAUAUCCGACCAUACAAGCACCUCUGCGACAACCGGAGUCUGUGAUUUUCCCGACAUACUUGCUCAAACGGAACACGGGUGUUCUGUGCUAAUCGACGGAAACCAUUUAAGGGAGGUUAUUAACUCGGUAGGUACGCAAGACCAAAAACAGGAUCUUCUAUCGGACGUCAUUCGACAGUUGACAUCCAUAAAAGAGAGGUUAACAAGCGACGAGAGCCCGGUUAAAGACGAAUUAAAAGAGGAUCCUGACGACAACGACAUGAGCCCGAUGCUCCACGCCGGAAACUUUGAUUCUGAAAUGCUCCUGCGGCAACAUGAGUUUAUACAACAUCAGCAACACCAGCAUCAGCAGAACCAAAUGAUAAUUGCAAAUAUGAUCCAAGCUUCUAAACAUAUUCCACUUCUUUUCAAUGGUGGAUUGAAUUACGAUGCUCUAUUGAACAAUCCAGUUUUGAAUGCCACAAUUGCUGGUCACUUGCCAAAUACACUUGCCAACAAUAUUUCAAUGCUCCAAAAAAGUCUCACUGCAAAGCUUGCUGCUGCAAAUGCAAAUCUUCAGCAACAGCAGCAACAACCAGUGGAAAAAGCUGAAACUCCAUUGAACUUAUCAAAAGACACCCCAUCACCAACAUCGGUUUCAGAAAAUUCUCUUGCUGGGUUCCGGCUACCGUACUCCCUUGGAACCAACUAUGGAAGUGAUGGUCAAUUGUUUAACAAUUGCUCACCAGAUUCCAGUGGUAAAAGCACUCCAGGAAAUCAGUCCGUGACCAGCGAAGUUGCUACCCCACGACCACAAGCUAAAUCACCAAAUCAUAUCAAGAGACCAAUGAAUGCAUUCAUGGUAUGGGCUCGUGACGAGAGACGGAAAAUCUUGAAGGCUUAUCCGGAUAUGCACAACAGCAACAUUUCGAAAAUUCUUGGAUCUCGCUGGAAAGGAAUGAGUAAUGCCGAAAAACAACCAUACUACGAGGAGCAGUCAAGGUUGAGCAAGUUGCACAUGGAACAACAUCCAGAUUACCGAUAUAGACCGCGUCCAAAGAGAACGUGCGUGAUUGAUGGGAAAAAAGUUCGUGUCAAUGAGUACAAAACAAUCAUGAAGACCAAAAAAGACAUGAUGUGGGGAGAUGAGCCUGGAUUUUCACAGCAAGGGAUUGAACUUUCAUCUCAUGUGAAUCUUCUUAACGAUCUUGCUCAUCACCAUCAAGCCCAUCUCUUGCAAACCGCUGAAUAA